CUUGGUCAGAACCCCCCCUCCAGUCAGUGACGUGAAGUACACCAAGGAAGGCACACACUGGCUGGUUGUUCGUUCUAAGACUUAGGGGAGUACCAAGAUGGCGCUGGUGGUGGCGUUCGCAUCGUUGCUUAUCUACAUCGGCUAUGCUUCAGGCAUUCCCGCUAUGGCGCUCGCUAGCGGAAUUUACUUGGCCGGAGGGACAGCAGAGGAGCCCUGCGCCCCGAGCCUGAGUGCCAGCGAGUGCCAGCUGAGGAGGGCUGAGUGCGGCGUCGUCAACAGCAUCCUCCAGGCGUCAGGGGGUCCUAUCAAUUCGGUGCUGGAAUGCGCAGAGACCGUUGGAAUUCCAGUUCAUCCAGCCAUCUUCACUUCCUUGGGCACGAACUACCUGACAGGCAACCCACCUAGCAUCCUGGAUCAAAUAGGAGCUGACUCAACGAGCCUGGCUGCUCUAAACGGCUACUGCACUCUGAAUGCUACUGUUUGGUACUUGUUCUUGGUUUUUGUCUGUGGUGGUCUUUUCUUUCUGGGAGUCCAGUGA